GACCGCCUUGAAAAACAUAACCGUUUAACAACAGAUGGAGGUGGACAUGUUUGGGAACCUGUCGUUGCUAUCACUGGAUUUUUAAAUAAUAAAGAAGCAACAAAUUUUGAAUCAAAUAUUAAAAUUCUAGCAAGAAAAAAAGAAUUUGCUGAAUAUGCCUCUCUUUAUCAAGGUCGUUGUCCAUCGAUCGUUCUUAAAAGAAUUAUAGCAAUUAGAUGUUUAUUAUGUGAAUAUGAUUAUUGUUGGAGAGCUCCUCGAGGAAAGAAACGUCGAUAUGUUUUACAUUGGGGAAGUUAUAUGGAAAGAGAUCAAAGACAAUUGGAUGUUUUACAACAUUGCCCUUGGGCUAGAGUUGGAAGGAAUGUUAAACAUAAGAAACUGGAAUUGUCUGAACCAGAUACCACUUUAGCAAAUAACACUGACGAUUCAUCAUCAUCGGCUUCCA